UCUCCCAUACUUGGCAUGGAAGUUACUUUUGCAGUGACUAAAGGUUAUACGACAAUUGUGUUCCUCCCACGUUAUCUGAUAGAGAAGUUACUACGGGAGUUUGCCACAACACUUUACUCGGAUGAUGAUGCUAAUGAGUGGGGUGAUACUGUAAUCUAUGAUAGCUUGAGACUCCUAUAUAAAUACGUCCCUGCACACAACAUUCAGCACACGGGUCUCCAUAACUGCCUCCAGACAGGAAGUUUGAAAAUGCUGAACCACGCAAUUCUUCUACUCGACCUGUUUGCAGUGUCAUCGACAGCGUACGUUGUCACCGGAUCCAUUGCGGAAGAGGGCGAUGUCAACGCUGGAGCGACCCCAGUUGAAAACAUGGGUGAACAAGCCCAAAGGGAGGGCAUCGUGUCGCAAGACGUUGCUAAGCGCCUACGCAUUGCCGUCAAGACCAAGGACAACGAACUGAUCACCGAUGAUGACGAUACAGAAUAUAUUCUGGAAAAGAUCCCCAGCAGCCUCGCCAAUAUGGUGGCAAAAGUCGCCAGUGGUGCUGCUCACGCAGUAACGUCCCCAGCAGGAAAAGUCGUCUCGAAUAUUCUCGAGAAUGUAAAUCACUCUACGCUCUGGAUAAACGUUCAAUAACUGCCCAGGAUGUACUGACAAGACUGUGCGACGACAUCGAAGAUGCUGGGAACACAAUCUUCCAGAGCGGCGUGCUGCUUUAUGGAGGAGAGCUGCCAAAAGAACAGAAUUAGUUCUGCAGUGGGAAAUGACAUGACAAACUGCAGGUACAUGUAAAAAUGUCAAAUAAAAAAAACUCCCAUUUGGCACCCUC